GCAAGCUUGGCCGUGUGGUUGAGAAGCUUCCCAACUACGUCGUUCCGGCUUCAAUCCCACUUCACGGCACCUUGGGUGUCUUCUAUUAUAGCCCCAGGCUGACCAAAGUCUUUUCAGUGGAAUUGGUAGACAGAAAUUAAAAGUAGCUCGUUACAUACACAAACAAACACACACACACGCACGCUCACGUUUGUGUUUCUGUGUUGUUUUGUCCCUUCCACCGCGUGACAACCGGUGUUGGUGUGUUUACAUCUCUGUAACUUAGCGGUUCGGCGCAAAGAGCGACGGAUAGAAACUUUUUAAAAAAAGAAGAAGAAGAAAUAGGGGUCGAUCUGUUUAACUGAAGUCUUUCAUGGUCGCAGUCCAACGACACAGACAAGUAAAAGAUAACUGAAAAGAAAAAAAAAAUAUCUAAGCAGCCACAGGACUACUGAAAUGUAAAUUCACAGAAUAUACGAAAGUCGAUACUAGCAAUAACCAAUUUUGUGGUAUAUUGGUGAUGUAUAGGCAAUUCAUCUCAUGACUCACCAGUGGAAUGUGCCAUCAAGAGAGCCUGAAACCAAGUGUUCUAUACAUUUAUAAUAAGGCUACACCAUAAUGUCUGCAGCUAUUGCUCAAGAACAGUCCACAGACCCCAAUGUGGAGCUUCCUGCAGUGGAAUCAAUCAAGCUAGAAGGUGCUGUCCUCGAUCCUGGGAACCCUACCAAUGAACAGGAAUUCAAUGGACACUGUGGGGUCACACUUGAAAACUUACCUUAUGAAUUACUGUUGUUAGUUUUUAACUAUGUGGAUGCAGGUCAUCUCAUUAGAUCUGUGUCCAAAGUGUGUCAAAAGUUCCAUGUCCUGUUGUCAUCAGAAACUUACUGGAAGACCCGGUUGACUGCCUGGUACAGCCCAGAUAGGUACCCACCUGUUUCAGAGUUGAGUGGAGACUUUGACUGGAAAGAAGCCUGUUUAGCUACAGAAGAAGCUUAUGGUUUUUGGCGGAACAACUCGCAAAAGACAGAAUGCAUCAGAAUCAGCAACAUGUCGUCCGGCUUCAGCGAUUCCGUACAUUUUCUACAGGACAGCCAAGUGUUGCUGGUUGGUUCCAGGGACCAUUCUUUGACUGUGAUGAACGUGGAUAAAAUGGUGAAAGAACAACCCAAUUCCUACAGGGAAGCAAUUUUGUACUCGGACCACAAAUGUCACAAGGGCUGGGUAUGGUGUUUGAAUUCUUACGGUGAUCAGUUCUGCUCAGGAUGCUGGGAUUCAAAUAUCCGGCUGUGGGAUUCAAACCCUAACAUUGCUCUCGUUUCUACAUUCAGGUGUAAUUCAGCAGUCUUGGAUAUCUACAUGGAACCAAACUUGAUCAUUGCUGGCACCCACUUCAGAACUAUGUGCACCAUUGACACAAGGGAUGGACUCGUUAAUGAGGUGAAGUUGCAUCGGAUGCCUGUCCUGUGCUUGGCAGUCACACAAAAAUACAUCAUUACAGGUAGUGAAGACAGCCAGAUUUGUGUCUAUGACCGGAGAGCGGGUUCUGUCUACAAGAAGAUUGCUCUAGACUACUACCCAUUGUGCCUGACAUUCAACAAUAACCAUUUAUGGGUUGGUGACCAUGUGGGACACUUACUGCUAUUUGAUGCUACAGAUGACCAGUUUAACCUUGUGAUGACACAUGAUUUAGGUUCAAGUUCAAACCGGUGCAAGUUGACCACAAUAAGGCAUUCCAUGGGAGCUUUGUUCACAUCAUCCAAUGAGAGAAAGGAAGGAAAAGUUACAAUCAUGGAACCAACAGCAAAUCUACAACGGAUCUCUAGUAUUUCACCCAAUUUUGGAGAAAUAGCUGGGUUGGAUCAUAGCAAUAAUACCCUUGCUUAUGCUGGCAGUAAUUGUUGCGUUGAGAUUUGGAGACCAAAACAUCAACUUUAGCUUUUUUUUUUUAUCAUUAUUAUUAUUUUUGUCUGUUUAUGUAAAUAAAUUUUAACAUAUUUU